AUGAAAGAUGUUUCGAAAAGCGCUGCAAGCUCUGAACGUGUGGAAAAGACGCCCGAACGGUUGCGAAACAUUGACGCCCUAUUCACCCUCUCCACCAUCUGUCUGGUCAGUGCGGUCCCGGUGGAAUCGCCAAUUCCAUCCGCCGAAAUUGAACCCAGCGCAAACAAGAAGACCGAAAAGCGAGCAAUCGGUUUGGGAUAUGGUCUGACCGGAUUCGGCUACGAUCCGCAUUCGUACUCGGCCAGCGGCUAUCACACGGCUGGCUACCAUCCGAUCGGUUAUGUUGCCCCGGUUGCCACCACCACAGUAUUCAAGGCCGGAUAUGCGGGAAUUCCAACGGCCCACUAUGGUGCCGGUUAUGGCGGACUCGAUGCAUACGGUAAAUAUGGUUACCAUGGUUUCUAUCCCGGGUACGGUACCGGAUAUGGUGCUCUCGGAUACGGAGCUGUUCCGGCUGCCAGCAGCUACGCCAAAGUCGUUCAACCGGCUACCACUUCCUACAGCAAGGUGGUCCAGACCUAUCCGCACUACGGAACGGCAGCAGUUGGAUACACCGGUCUUGCCGGUUACCAUGGAGGUUACUUGUACUAG